CGCUAUUUCGUAGCCGCCGAAAAGGAUUACUGGUAUCUUCGUUUUCUCGCUUUGACACAUAUUCAUAGUUAUAAGUGGAAACAGUACUUUUGCAUUGUUGUAAAUAUUAAGAAGAAAACGCGACUAAAAUGCAUUUAUAAAAUGUGCUAAAAGUUUUAAAUACUUAACGCAUAAAGUCUAUAUCAUUUUCGUAGUGAAACAAAGCAGUUAUAGAUUAGUUAAAUGAAUGUACAUACAUAAAAAGCUGCUACACGUAAAAUACUCCACAUUUGUGAAACAAUAAAAAAGAAGCGAACUUUAAAUUCCUAGCAUAAAACGUUGUACAAAAUCGAUAUCUCGCCAAAUCUCGAAGUGAGUUGGCUACGAGCAAACGAAAUGCAGUGAGGGGAGUGACAGAAUAUUGCGUUUAAACAGUGUAUUAUGUUUUAAUUAUGCGAGUUAUUAUAAGUUAUGAAAAAUAGGAUGUGUGAAAGUCGUGUUGAUUGUGCGAAAAUUUUGAAAAAUAUUCGUAUUAAGUAGCGGCAGUGAUAUAUGUAAAAUAUCCCUUUAGACGAGAAAAACGAUAUUUAUUUAGUGUGAAGAAGUACUUGCACUUUUGAUUUAAUUUUAAAUUCCAAAAAAAUUGAGAUCAAGUUAGAAAGAAAGCAAAAUGCAUUCGGUGGGAAUCCAUUCGGCGAUGGCAAUAAAACGUCAACGAAAACGACGUGAUGAACAGAAACGUGCGCGAGAAAGACGCUACAGUACGCAGAGUUCGGAGAGUGCUGAAACGUUCCAUUCACCAAGUGGUUCAUUUCGCCGUAAGUUUCACCAUGCACAUAGCGUUGCUAAACCUGGACCAGGCAUGCUUGAUAGUCAGGUUGUCACAAGCAUCGGAAUGCUUCACAUUGGUAUUGUAUUCAUAGUAUUUGGAGUAUUCUUAUGCGGUGCUGGCAUUAUACCCGACGAAACAAUGUCUUGGAAUGUGUUCAGCUCAAGUUCGGCCUGGUGGAACGAGGUUACAUGCACUGGACUAUUUUCGCUUGGGUUGGGACUAUUCUUGCUUGCACUGAAUUGCCUAAUUAGUCGCAAAGAGGAAGAAGAUCUCGAAGACUAUGUGCAAAGGCAAUUAACCAGAUCAAGAUCUGGCCAUCGUCUGGAACGUGAUGUAGAAACGGGUGUUCUUACCACGCGUCAUGCACGCAAAGCUGUGGCACUACAAAAGAACUUGCGCAAUGGAGCUGCCACUGAUGUUGCACUAGUCAACAGUACGUCGGCGGAAGAAGUAGCAAAUGGUCCGUUGACAGGACACAACUGUUUAGCCAAUACCGGUGAUAUAGUGCUCGAAAAAAUUGUGGAGGAGGAUAAUACGUACAUAAACGAUCGAAGCUCUGGCAUAUCGCCAAUGGAGAUUGAGAAUGACACAAAACAAUUGCUGAGGAGGGAAUCAUUAAAUGAAACAAUCAAUAUAACACGAAUAUAAAAAUUAAUGAAUUAGACUUAGAUAUUUAUUAAAAAAUUACUUUAAUAUUUUACUACUUAUUAUGAAGACUUUUAUUUAAACUUAAGCCUUUAAACUAUAAGUGAAGUAUUUAAAUUGAAAUAUGAAAAAGUUCAAGAAAAAUCCCAUAUGACCGUAUUUUUUAUCAAAUGUCUUUUAUAAGAAUUUUCGUAUUUGCAUGUAUACCUAAUAUUAAUCAAAUUU